AUGACUCAUCUGUCUCAUUCACUUUUUGAAGUACACAUAACUUUCGGAUUUAAAUCCGAAGUUUUCGCAUUUAUUUACAUUAAUCAUGGAAUUCACGAUCGGCGACUCUACAAUGUUCCAACAGCCAAUGAAGUCGCUACAGUUUUCGUAGGUGAAGAUAGUGAAAUUCCAACAUAUCGACAUAUUGCUAUUCAUCCACGUGGCCAAGGUCUUCAAAAGAUUCAAAUUAUAGAUCCCAACUGUGAUCCAAUGACUUAUCCUCUUUUAUUUCCUCGGGGAGAUAAAGGAUGGUACCCAGAAUUGGAAAAAAUUGAUCAAUUACGAAAUCGAAGAAGAGUAUCAAUGCUUCAAUUCUACAGCUAUCGAUUGGCUAUUCGUCCAACCUUCAGUGCCAUUCACUAUGGAGGAAAACUAUUCCAGCAAUAUAUUGUCGAUGCUUAUGUCAAAACCGAACAAAAUCGACUUGCAUUCCAUCGACAAAAUCAAAAGGCUCUUCGAGUAGAAUUAUACCAAGGUCUAAUGGAUCAUUUGGCAAAUGAAGCUGAAAUUGAAGGUUUAAGACCUGGACGUGUUAUAAUACUUCCAUCAAGUUUCCAAGGAAGUCCUAGAGCAAUGCAACAGAAUUAUCAAGAUGCAAUGGCAAUCGUCCGAAAAUAUGGAAAACUCGACUUAUUCGUCACAUUUACCUGUAAUCCAACAUGGAGAGAAAUCGAAGAACAGCUUUUUCCUGGUCAAACUCCAUCCGAUAGACCUGAUCUAAUUACCAGAAUCUUUAAACUCAGACUUAAUGAGCUUAUUGAUGAUAUCUUCAAGAAACAUAUAUUAGGACGAACGAUAGCCAAUGUCUUCGUAAUCGAAUUUCAAAAGCGUGGCUUACCACAUUGUCACAUGCUUAUUAUUUUGGCCAACGAAGAUAAGCCAAAGGAUGAAAACCACAUUGACCAUAUCGUCUGCAGUGAAAUACCAGAUCUUGCCCAAUUUCCACAAUUAUAUGAAUGUGUGAGAAGGCAUAUGAUACACGGACCAUGUGGAACAUUAAACCCACAUUCUCCUUGCAUGGAAGAUGACAAGUGCUCAAAAGAAUUUCAAAAAGAAUUUCAAAAUGAUACUCUUCCAAAUUAA